GGACCACAACAAUGAAAGUGAGAGGGAGGUGGAAGCCCGGGCAAGCCACUUCACCCCAGGCCUGGGGAUGGGGGCGGGCAUGGGGGUGGAGACCCCUGGGGUCACAGGAGCUGUUCCUCCUUCCAUCUGUAUGGGCCGCUUGGUUGUGCCUGGAACUUUUCAGACUGCUGCUGUCAGUUCUGCAAGUUUUACCAAACUCAGGCUCAGGGAUCCUCCCCAACGCGCCCCUCCCGCCGCCUCUCAAACCUGCGCUCCUGGAAAGGCGCGUGCGCCCUAACGCACUACCCUCUGCAUUCCUUCCCCCAGGCACUCGGCCAAAGCUGAGCAUCUCUUGCCCGGUUAGGGAAGGACCCCGAGGUGGUCCUCCCCCUCCCCAGGCCGUCUGGGAGGUGGAGUGGGACCCCACGUGGGGAUGGGCACCCUUGUCCCUUCCCGAUCCCUAUCAAAGAUGCUGCGGGCUGAGGGCGCCCGGCGCGGAUGGCCACUAGCCCAGGGUCAGGGGGCAGAGGACGGCAUGCAGCUCCGAGGCUUCCUCCUCCUCGCCCUCCUCGCCCUGCUGGCGCUCACCUCCGCGGUGGCCAAAAAGAAAGACAAGGUCAAGAAGGGCGGCCCAGGCGGCGAGUGCACCGAGUGGACCUGGGGACCCUGCACCCCCAGCAGCAAGGACUGCGGCGUGGGGUUCCGCGAGGGCACCUGCGGGUCGCAAACACAGCGCAUCCGCUGCAGGCUGCCGUGCAGCUGGAAGAAAGAGUUCGGAGCCGACUGCAAGUACAAGUUUGAGAGUUGGGGGGCGUGUGAUGGCGGCACAGGCACCAAAGCCCGCCAAGGUACUCUCAAGAAGGCCCGGUACAACGCCCAGUGCCAGGAGACCAUUCGCGUGACCAAGCCCUGCACCCCCAAGACCAAAGCCAAGGCCAAAGCCAAGAAAGGGAAGGGAAAAGACUAGACCGGCUUCUCCUGGGGCCCUGCUGCGGCCUCCUGAGCUGUAACCCAACAGUGCCUUUUGUCUCUGCUUAUUAGCUUUAUCAAUCACACCUGCUUCUUCCCGUCCCUUCCCCCACAUAGCCCCCCAAGUGCCCAAAGUGGGGAGGGACCAGGGAUUCUGGGCAGCUUGAGACCCCCUCCCAAGGGAGCUGACUCCCAACACCCCCUCUUGUUUUCCCCACCACGAACUAAGAAGACAAAUAAACCAACUGUUUUCCCAAUAAAAUCUUUUUCUUUUUAAUAUAUAAAAG